UCGCUCUACAGACGCGUGCAGAAGAAAAGCGCCAAACCGCUCAACAUUUCACCCUGGCAACGGCUGACAAACGCUAUGACAGCAACCACAGAAAGAGAGACUGUGCUUGACAACUGGCUAGCUUAUGUGGUAAACGUACGAUUUCUGUAAUAUAUUUUUUCAUUUAAAACUUAAGGUUGUAUAGAGCACAGCGGUUUAGAUGUUUGUACCAGACAUAACAAAACGAGUUGAGUCAAACUGACCGGUUGUUCUGAUAGUAACAAGAGAAGAAAGCAGAGAGCUGUGCAUUGCACAGAUUGAAAUGAAUGAGCGGCUUCAAAAGCUUCGUGAUUUAGGGCAUUUGAUUUUUAACGAAGAAACAAACGUUUCGAUUUAACAUCUAUUAAAACUCUUAGGCGCUUUUAGGAAUGUUUUCAAGUGGAACAUUAGCUCACCAAGUUUGCUGACAGACAUUAGUAAAGUGACACACAUGUCUGAGUGGAAAGAGGUUUUCGACCGAAACCGAUUGAUCCCACCUCACAGUCAAACCGCUCGACAAGCCCAGGUAUCUUCUCAUGGCCUCAAGCUACACUUCAAGCAGAUCGAUGGACUUCACGUAAAACAGUCAGAGGAGCAGACUGCACUCAGGUGUCAGCUGCGUGUGACCUUGUAUGACUCGGGUCACCAGCACUUCUUUGGGCGCACGUGGAAGAGCGGGUCACAUUCUGUCAGCGGUACGGCGGGUCAGAUCGGUCGAGUGCCCUUCAAUGAGGUUGUGUACUUCCAUACAUCUUUGUGCUUGAGCUCUGUGGUGGCAGUGGUAGAGCUGGUGUUUCUAUCAACCAGGCCAGAUGGUUCCCAGAAUGCAGUGGGGUCAGGGUUUGGGCUCCUCCAGCUCUUCACAGGUCAUGUGGAUACCAUCAUCUCUCAGGGGGAGGGCAGGAUAAGUUUGUUCAAUGGGACUCCCAGAGCCCUCCUGCACCCAGCGCUGAAAGACCCUCUCCAGAUGAAUGCCAUGUUAUCAGUAAUGGAUGGCUGUCAGCUGCUGUACAAGAUACAACCACACCCAACUCUCACUCCCAUCAUGCACCUGCUCCCACCCAAUAUUCUGGUGUCUGGACACGACAGCAUCCCCGGAGUGGCGCCGCCUGUGGAUGGCACAGCAGACGCGCUGCGGAAGCCUCGUCUGUUGAAGAGUUUCUCCUGCGUGUUGGAGGGCGUCCGCGUUGCACUCUUCCCCUCUGUGGAGGUCUUCGAAUCUGACCUGCUCCAGCUGCUUAACAGAGACUGCCAGAAUACAUACAGGGGUGCAGAAGGUCGCUCGGUUGUGGUGCAGGAGCGCAGGCUGCUGGUUGGGGUCCAUAAUGGCUGGGGUUGGGUGGAGAAGCCCCAGGUGUUGGUGCUUGAGCGUGAGGCCGUGGGGAGCGGAGCUGCUGGGGCCCGUGGAGCCGGCGCAGGUGACAGCAUCAGACAGACCUCCAUGGAAAAAAUCAAUGAUAGACUGUCUCUUCGUGGCAGUGUGGAGCUGAAGAUGAUGAGGCAUUCUGCUUUCAGCAUCGUCUUCCAGCUCCAAUAUGUUUUCUCUUGUCCAAUGGCUGGAGACGGGCAGAUGACAUCAACAGCUGUGCACAGAGCAGCAUUUAUGCAGUGUGUGUGUUGGUGUGUUUGGAGUUUGUUCUCGAAUCCCGAGGGCCCCGGUGAUAACGUGUGCCUCAAAUUGCAGAGUGGUGCUCUCCCAAACCCUUGGGGUGUCAUGGUGUACUCCUCAAACACCCAGCAGGUGAAUUCAGGGAAAUGUGUCAUCAAGUUCAAGUUUUCAUCUGGUGUGGAAACUUCUGCCAACGUAGUGUCACCAGUGAGCCCUCGGGAAACAUCGCCAACUAAGAAGCUCAUUUCAGCAUCCCAAGACGAGAACAUCUUGGUGCCAACAGCUUCGACACUGCAGUCUCCACGCGGCCCAACUCUGUCUCUCUCUCAGCUUGCCGCGACUUCACGCUACCCGACCAUGAGCCACACUGUGGGGUCUCCAUGGCAACAACAGCUCCCCUCUCUUCUCUCUCCCUCCCUGAUGGCAUCGGCCCACCAGCUGUCACAUGUCGAGCGCCCAGGUGCUGGCAGCAUAGCGCACUUGGAGCUGAGUGUACAGGAGAGAGAGGGAGAGAGAAGUGAGGAAGAGAGCGAGAUACAGGAGCUGACCUUCAACCCCGUGCACGCCCCUGUCAUCACCCUCGGUACACACACUGCAGGCUCCUCCAGGUCGACCUCUCGCAGAUCUCUGGCCCAGCUCUUCUCCUCUGGUUUUCCUCAGAUCUUGGAUCAGCAAAACCAGGUGGCCGAGGUUCUGGAUCCAUCUGAGCCUGUGAACUUUGACCCUCAGAGAGAAGAAGCAGAUCCUCUUCAGGCCAAUACUCUUAUACUGCAGUUCCUGGCCUUUACCAGGGUCCCUCAAGCUGGUGUGCAUUCAGACUGGCCAAAUUCUGUGCAUUUUACCUUUCAGCUUUACCGUUUCCCCCCCGUUACCACAGAGCGACUGAAGCUGCUCGACCCAGAGAGGAGCAGUAGGGUCAAUGUGAAAUCCCCAUCUGAUUCCCCUUGUGUACUCAACCUUAUCAACAAGGAUGGCUCAUUAAGCUCUGGUUGUCCAGGUCUGCAGCUGCAGUACAGAGUUGACCCACAAUUCCUAAAGCCGGGUGAGCGAGUAUGGUUCCUGCGAUACCUGGCCCUACAUUCUCUGCAGAUUGAUGUGUGGGACAGUGAAUCAUUACUGCUGAUUGGCUCAGCUGCUGUGGAGCUAAAGCAUAUGCUGCGGCAGGGCCGUGCCGCCGUCCAGGUGUGCCAUGAGCUGGAAGUGAUUACCACUGAGUACCAGCAGGAUGCCAGCUUUGCCAUCGGGCAUGACAGCAAGCACAGGGCAUUUCCAGGCAUCAAUGUCUACACCACCGUGAAAGGAAUUCUGCAUCUGCGGCUUGGCAACGUCGGUUGUCGUGUAUCAGGUUCCCAGAGUUCCCUGGCUCUUCCUCCAGCACAUUCUCAUGUGGUCCAGCCCAGUGACGCCACUCAGGGCUUAGCAGGAGGAGUUGUCCCGGCUUUAACAGUCCUCAGACUUAACGCGAGCAAUGCCAGACGAGCCCGCCGCUUGCCAGAAACCGACAGCGAGCUGGCCAGACUGCUCCAAAGCACCAUGAGGGAAGUGGGCGGGGCCAUGCUCCAUAAGCAGGACGAAUCUGAGGAAGUGCGCCAGAGGAAGAUGGAUAGAAUGGCGGCUGUCCGUCAACACGAGGAACAGAGGGUCACGCCACCUUUUCAGGACAAUGCAAACCUUACGAGGCACAGAGCCGAGCGCGUGCAGCAUUCUCGUGACCUGCACUUGAUUGAAGCCUAUCGUGAGCGCUGUAAAGCACAGGAGAUCACCAACAUGCUCUCUCAAGCCAUUACCACCAAACACACUCUUUACGCCACACUCGGAACAGCGGAGUUCUUCGAAUUUGUGCUUAAGAAUCCAUUGAACGUUCCUCAGACGAUCACCAUUGAGUGUGAUGAUCCAGAACUAAGUGUCAUCGUGAAAAGUGAGGAGUGGAGAUAUUUUAAGGAGUUGACAAAGACGCGGACACCUCUGGAGCAGGAGAUGUUUCACCAGGAGAGCACACUGACUCCACAGGUUUACUUGCGGCCCAAAGAAAGCCUCCAUAUCCCUUUCAAGUACCAAAGUUUCCUCUGUGGCCACAUCCGUCCUUCACAGGAUACAAAAGGCUUAAUGAUUUCAAAAAGUCUACAGAUGGGUCAAAAACAUCUGUCCAACACCAUUCAAGCCAAAUCCAUCAAGGUUCAGUUCCGUGGGGAGGAUGGAAAGCCUCUGGCGAUCUGCCAGGUGAAUGUUGAACCGACACCACAUGUGGUAGACCAGACCUUUCGUUUCUACCAUCCUGAACUCACCUUCCUAAAGAAAGCCAUUCGCCUGCCUGCAGCCUGGGACAGCACAGCAGAUGGCUCCACCACACUCCAUGUGCGCUGCAGCGACCCCAAUGUCAUCUGCUGCGCUACCAACUUGACUCCGGGUGAACCGCAAGACGUGUAUCUGAAAGUUCCUGGUUGUCCAAGUCCACAAAUUAGGAAAUUCUUCAUCACUAUAUUCACUGACCUUUGGCUGGCCUCUCCUGCGCAGAUAUGGCAGGUAUACGUGCAUUACCUGCAAAGGAUGGACCUGAGCUGUGUGUGUGGCACUCUCAGUUGGCAUUCGCUGGUUUUGCAUGGCACACAAGCCAUUCGGAGGGUCAAGUGCUACACGUCGCAUCCCCUGGAGCUUCAGGUGGAUCCAGGGGAGGUUUUUGCUCUGCCUGCGCAAGGAGUGCAGGAUGUCCGGGUGGGCGUAAAGGCCUUGCGCCCCGGGAGCCGUUUCUUUUACCUCAACGUGCUUGACGUGGAUACGCGGCAACUUGUCGGCUCCUGGCUGCUUUGUAUCACGUGCAGGCAGCCUGUGAUCUCCAAGGCAUUUGAAAUCAAAGUCCCUGUAGACGGUGGAAAGGGCAGCAAUAAGAAAAUCAGUUUCACAAACCCCUACUCUACCUCCAGAGUAUUCACACUGAGCACAGACCACCCGGACCUUCUUAUGUUUAAAGAGGAACAAUUUCAGAUCAGGGGAGGGGAGAUGUACACCAUCGGUCUACGCUUUGCUCCAACUCAGAACCCCGGUACAGAAGAGAUUCUCAUCUUCAUCAACGACCAACAGGAUAAGAAUGAGGACACUUACUGUGUUCGAGUCCAGUACAGAUAACAUUAACUACAAUACAAUACAAAACACUGUGACAUUACAACACACACCCUAUAUUGCUUAGCCCAUCACAAACAAACUAUGAAUCUGCAGCUUGAAUACAUUUGACAUCAUGCAUGGUGAACUACCAAUGGACAAUACAGCAUGCAUUAAUCUUGGUUAAUAUUAAUUUUAGGUAUUUUACCUUUCUAUGUUCUCAUAUUAGUUACUUGGAGUAAGGCACUCCACUUUUUUGAAAAUAUGCUC